AUGUGUGACCAAAUCCCGCGAUGGAACGUCGUCCACAAGUUGGAGAAGCGCAGUCUGCUUAUCGGCAUCAACUGCGUUGCCGCCUUGUCGAUUCUCUUCUUCGGAUAUGACCAGGGCAUGAUGGCAGGAGUCAACAACUCCAAGGACUACAUCGACCUCAUGGGCUUCGGCUACACCGAGAUGCGCGACGGCCAUCCCACGCCGGUCGUGACAGACAGUCUGCUGCAAGGGGGCAUCGUAUCGGUAUACUACCUGGGCACGCUGUGCGGCGCCCUCCAUGGAGGCUGGGUCGGCGAUCGCAUUGGCAGAAUCCGAACCAUCGCAGCCGGGUCUGUCUGGGCCAUUCUCGGUGCGGCGCUGCAGUGCUCCGCGCAGAACCACAACUGGAUGAUCUGCGCCCGCUUCAUCAACGGAAUCGGUACCGGCAUGCUCAAUGCCAUCGUGCCGGUGUGGGCGACCGAGACCGCCGAACAUACCUCUCGUGGCCAGUUCAUCGCCAUCGAGUUCACGCUGAACAUCUUUGGUGUCGUCCUUGCCUACUGGCUGGAAUUUGGACUCUCCUUCAUCGACAACGGCGCAUCCCCCUUCCGCUGGCGAUUCCCCAUCGCCUUCCAGAUCAUCUUUCUGAUCGUCCUGUUCGUUGCGGUAUGGUUCUUCCCCGAGUCGCCCCGAUGGCUGGUCAAAGUCGGCCGCGAACAAGAAGCCCGGUAUAUCCUCGGCCGGCUGCGCGGAUCCAGCGACGAGGACGCCGUCCGUGCGGAGGCCGAAUUCCGUGACAUCCUGAGCGUGGCCGAGCUCGAGAAAUCCAUGACCCACAGCACCUCCUAUCUCGCUAUGCUGUUCGGCUACAAGACGGGCAAACUGCAUCUCGGCCGUCGCGUGCAGCUGGUCGUGUGGCUGCAGAUCAUGCAGGAAUGGGUUGGCAUCGCUGGCGUGACCGUUUACGCUCCGACCAUCUUUAGCAUUGCUGGAUUCGACUCGACGAAGAGCCAGUGGAUCAGCGGUCUGAACAAUGUAUUCUACAUGUUCGCCACUCUCAUCUGCGUCUUCACCCUCGACCGCAUCGGCCGCCGAUGGACCCUGUACUGGGGCUCCGUCGGCCAGGGCAUCGCCAUGUUCCUCGCGGGCGGCUUCUCACGGCUGGCCAUCGACGCCCGCGCAGACGGCAACCUCUCGCGCGCCAGCUCGUUCGGCGCGGCCGCCGCCUCGAUGGUGUUUAUCUUCACCUCUGUCUUUGGCGCCACCUGGCUUACCGGUACUCCCCCAACUCAGCACCUUCUAUACCACGCCAAAACUAACCCCACAGUCCCCUGGAUCUACCCCGCAGAAAUCUACCCGCUGGCCGUACGCGCGCGCGGCAACGCCUGGGGCGUGGUGGGAUGGAGCAUCGGCAACGGAUGGCUGACCCUCCUCUGCCCGGUGAUGUUCAGCUCCAUCGGCGAAAAAACGCUCUACGUCUUCGCAGCCAGCAACGUGAUCACCAUCCCGAUGGUGUGGGCGCUGUACCCGGAGAGCAACCAGCGCACGCUGGAGGACAUGGACCUGCUGUUCGCAGCGGACAGUCCGUGGGUGUGGGAUGCGGAGCGCGAGUUUGCGCGGCUCAAGGCGGAGAAUCCGGGGUACAUGGAGGCGACGAGUCGGAAGAAUAGCGUGUUGGGUGUGGAGAAUGCGUAG